AAAUAAACAAAAAAUGUCUUACCCUUAAGAAAAAUAAUAACGAAAAUUAACAUUUUGGAAAUGUAUGGUUGUUACUACAUUCUCAUAAGCUUUUAGUAAAACAGCAACAGCACCUUUAGAAAGAAUGAAAUUGAUAUUAUAGGUAAGUCCCAUUUUAAAAUGUGAAGAUAAGAUUGAUCGAACAUGGUUAGGAAUAUAAUAGAUUUAUAAAACCUAAGGAUUAUAUUCAUUUUGGAGAGGUAAUGGUUUAAAUGUAAUUAAAACUAUUCCUAAUGCAGCAAUACGUUUUACUGUAUAUGAUAAAUUCAAACAUUAUGUUUCUGAAUAUCGAUAAAAAGAAAAUGUAUAAAAUAUUUUAAUACCUAAAAUAGUAUAUAAGAAAAGUAACAAACAGAUUAGUGGCAGGAUUUUGUACAGGUUUAUUAAAUUAAAUAAUCCAUUAUCCACUUGAAGUUCUACGUGUAAAAUUAACAGUAGACAUGAGUCAUUGUAAUAAGACUAGUAUGUAUUCUGGAUUUAUUGAUUGCAUAAAGAAAACAUAUAAUUUUUAAGGAUUCUCUGGUUUUUAUCAAGGAUUCAUAAUAUCCUCUUGUGGUAUAAUACCAUAUCUAGGAAUAAGUUUUCUUGUACAUGAUUAAUUAAGAGAUUAUAUACCUUAAUAACAUAAACCUGAUUUGAGUUUAAUUUAAUUGGCAAAGUUUAUUGGAAUCGGAUCUAUUUCUACUAUUAUUGCUACAGCUCUAACUUAUCCUAUUGAUACAAUUCGAAGAAGAAUUCAAAUUAAUGGAUCAUUAGGAGCAUUAAGUGCUUAUGUCUCAUUUUCUGAUUGUGUCAAGAAAAUGAGAAAAGAAGGAUUAAUAUCUUAUUAUAGAGGAUUCUGGAUUACACUCAUUAGAAUAGUUCCAGCUGCUUCUAUUCAAUUUACUUGUUUUGAUUAUUUAAGAGAGUUAUCAACAUGA